AAGUAAAUGCCGCAAUUCGUGGGAAUAUUAGUUCAGUAGUACAUUUCGUAAAGGGAAAUUUUAUAUACACAAUAUCCAACAAGUGGUUGAAAAUACGCGCGCGUGCUGCUCUGUGAACGAUCAGAAUCGCAGCGUUUGUACUUUGAAAUCGAGAGCGCUUCGUAUGUACAUAUCUGAUUGAAAAGUAGCGUCGGAAUCGAAGAGCACUCGCAGGUACUCUACACUGGAGCACGGUGUGUGCGGAUAGCCGACAGUAGCGACAAAGAGGAGCGGAAUUAGCCACGCUCGAUUCUCUUUCGGUCGUGAGGCACGGUUUUCUCGUAGCUUUUCCCAAGUCUGGGAACUCCAAGUCACGCGGAGACUCACGGAUACGCGAUAUAUCGCGUAUUCGCGUCCAGCAACUUCGUACCGGCGGCAGAUUCGGGCGGCAUAACCUUAAUCUUUCGGCGAUCGGCCGUUGUGCGUGUGUGCGCGUUCGUGUACGUGCGCGUGUUCCCCAUUGCAUUCCCCAUCGCGCGAGGCGACAAUGGCAAUGAGCGAGGACCUCGGUUUCGCCGAGCUCUGCAGGCUAUGCUCGCUCAAGAGCAGCCAUCAGCUGCAGAUAUUCGACAAGGAAAGCGAGCAGCGGCAGCUGCUGUACAAGUUGCACUCCUGUGUGAACAUAACGGUAGGAAAAGAGGAUGAUCUGCCUAAAAAUAUCUGUCAGAGAUGUAUCUACAAGCUAGAUAUGUUCUACGAAUUUCGUCACAGCUGCUUAGCCACAGAGAAAGUAUUGAAGAAUUACGUAGAGUCCUUGAAGAACAUUGUUACACUUAACAAUCAGGGUACGGACAAGGACAAGAUGUCAAACGGCGCGCAGCAGCAGCAUGCGAAUUACGCAGAAACGCAUACUUCGGCACAUGCGGCAUUGCAGCAGCACAUGGCCCAGCAAGCCGCUCAAGCGAGGCUGGCUGGACCUGGACCGCAUGCGGCCCCGCAGCCACCAAAUCCCACGUUUACUUUGCCAGACGACGGACUGGGUUACGAUGAUGGAGUAAGAGUGCUGCGUUCUAUCGGAACAUGGUCAUCGGAUUAUUCUGCCGCAAUGCGGCCUAGUAUGAUGCCGGCAUUUCCUGGAGCGGAUCAACAGUUUGCAAGAAGUGCACCGGCGAUAAAUCAACCAUUACGAACGACGACGACGAACAGUGUGAGUGUUCGCCCGGGUUCUGUUUCGAAGGCGACCAACACUGGCGAACCGACGACGAAAGCAUUUGCCUGCACUGUAUGCGGUAAGGGGCUCGCCCGUAAGGAUAAACUCGUCAUACACAUGCGUAUACAUACUGGGGAGAAACCAUAUUCAUGUGAGGUUUGCGGUAAAGCUUUUGCGCGUCGAGAUAAAUUGGUCAUCCAUAUGAACAAACUCAGACAUAGACCCGGUGUUUCGCCUCUUUCGGCGCCCACUACACCAAGAUCCGAUCAACAUCAGCAGCAACAACAGCAACAGCAGCAGCAACAACAACAGCAGCAGCAAGCGCAACAACAACAAUCGUCUCGCCAAGAAAGUAUUCAUAAACUGAAGGAGGAGCCUGUGAGUUGGGCCUGCGAACUAUGUGGGCGAUCACUCGCUACCAGAGAGGAAUGGACGCAACACGCUCGAUCUCAUUUGGAGGUGGCUGUGCCGCCACAACAUGCCGCUCCAUAUUUCCCAGGAUCUGCCCCGCCGCCACAAUCCUACGCUGCCGAGAGGAAUUUUUGUUUAAUGUGUCGCGCCGACUUUACGGAUAAAGCCGAGUUUAUGUUCCAUAUACGUACACAUUGCGAACACGGGCAACCAUCGGGCGGUAAACAAAGCGGCGGAGAUGCCGCGACAGCCGAACUUAUUGCCAGAGGACUCGUCGAUCCUUCCGGAUUAUGCAGCUAGAAUUACUCUCUUCCCUGUCACUACGUACCGUCGAUUUGUGUCUUACCAUAGUACAAGUUUUCUGCUCCACUUCGACCAGAAACUUUCGCAUAGAGUGUCAUGCAUAUUGUGAUUGUAAUGAUAUAUAUAUAUACACCAACUUAUCGAUAACAGAUACACAGUAGCAUAUUCGUUAACGAUAAAUAAUAAUAAAUGAUAAUGUUAGUACGGCAUUUACUGAAGAAUUAAGUUUGAUAAUUCUGUACAACUGUGAUUAUUUUCUAAUAUAUUUUUAUUAGAGUCUUUUGUACAUGUCAUUUAUGACUGAAGAUGCUUUAGAGAUAUUAUGCAUUAAGUUUGAUCAUUACUUUACACGGUUUAAAAACUGCUGGAAAAGUUUAUCUAAUAUUUUUCAAGAAGGUAAUAGUCUUGGCAAGCUGAUUUAAGACAAGAUAUUAAAGAAGUAGCAUUUUACGCACUUUGUAGCAAAUACAUAUCAUCAGAGCAGAGUUACGUAAAAGAAUUAUUUUCAGGAAUACUCUACUGUGUAUCUUGAGGCGAAUUUUACGUUAUUGAGAAAAAGAAGUUUUAGGUACUGUCACGAUAUUGUGUUACGGUAAGAAAAUGCACUAUUGUGUCGGUAUUUAAAAGCUAUUACUUAAUAGUAUACGUUCCUACAUAGUUAGCUUUUUGCUAUUUGUAGGUACUAGUAGACCUAUUCUGUAACUUUUUAAUAUAACGUGUAAGUUUUAUUCACGCUAUCAGAAUCGGGACUAGAUUUUGGCAUCCGAAGUAAACGAGAAAAAUACAAUCUUUUAUUAACAAAAAUUUUUUUUACAAUAUGGCGUAAUUUACCACGCCAUAAAAUAUAGUAAGAUAUAUAAAUUAAUUUGUGGUAUUCAAUAUUUUACAUAUAAGUUACAUACGGAAUGUAUAAAUGUACAUUACAAACGAACGAAAUUCUUAAAAAUGUCUUAAAAUUAAAUAUAUUUGUAAGUUACACAAGUACAUUAAAUUUAACGUAUCUGUAACUGAAAAGUAUAUAUGUAAAACACAGGAAUUUUUUUUUUUUUAUUUAAAGUAAUACUCUUCGUACUUUGGUAGUUGCAAAAUCAUUACAAUUAUUCUUUCAAAAUUUAUACAUAUUUUCUACAGAUGCUUAUAUAUAUUUUAUUUUUUAUACAUAUUUAAUUUUUGAUUGAAAGGAUUUCUAUAGUUGACAUUUUUUUUACAUGUUAUUAAAAAGUGUUAAAUAUUUUUUUUGUUAACUUUAAUUUAUACUAGAAUUUUUAUAUGAAACCGUUGUUAUAUCACAAUAAAUAAAAAUCAUUUUUGACUUUUGAACUACUCUAAGUUCGGAUAAGAUUCAAUUAAAGAAUAAUUAUGAAUUAGUUUUAAAAUAUCUAAAAUAAAAAUAAUUUUAUGCUAGGAAGUAUUGAUAUUACAUGCUGUUUAAAUCGCAAAAUUUCAAAAGAAAUUUUAUUUGCAUUUAGAUUAUUUACACAUUUUAAAUUUAUAUUGCCACUUCUACAUCUGUGUUUAAAUAUUCUAGAUAAGGCAAAUGCUUUAUUCGCCUUAUUCUAGUUCUGGUUCUGUACAAUAUAGAUACAAUAAUUCAGUUGUGCUUAAAUUCUUUCAAAAUUCAGCUUUAUUUGUUGAUUGUUUAUAUUUUGUUUGAUUAAUAAUUAUAUUAAUGGCUAUAUUUUAUAUAAGAAGUACGUUAUAUUUGAGCAUGACUAAUAUAAAAAUCUCAUUAAAAUUUCAUUAAAAAUGUUUUAUUAAAAUCUUGACUUUAGAAUAUAGCAAGAUAUGAGUUUAAGUUAUAUUAUUAUAUCUAUAUAGCGUGAAUAAAGCCUAAAAGUAACCAUAUAGUUGCAUAAAGCAUACACAUACAAAGACCGAUUAAUGAUAUAUACAGGAUACCAUAUUGUUGCAUUAUUUAAAUUAGAAUUAGAUUUAGGCUUUGGUUUACUUGACACUACAAAGCAUUCUUCAAAACAUUCUUUGAUUGACCAAUUUGCAAAAUUCUUUGUCCCGAUUGGUUAAUCAAACGCUUCGAAGCAUUGUAGCGUCAAGUGUGUCUUAGCCUUAAAUAGUUACACUUAAAAAGUUACAAAAUGGGCCUGUAGUAGUAUGUACUUUUUGAUGUACAGGUUUGUUCUCAAUGCUAUUAUAUUUUUUUAUAUGUAUAUGUAUGUUUUAAAUUGCAACGUUAUAAUUUAGAGAAUUUAUUAUUUUGAUAGCAUAUCGUUUUUUUUAUCUAGAUUUUAAUCUCAAUAAGAAAAUAACUUGUACUGUCGAUUACAGAUCUGUCUAUAAUUUGGAAAAUUAAUUAUGCUUGAUACAAAAUGAUUAAAUUUAUAGAAUGAUUCAUCUAA